UCCGGUUGGUCCCACCGUUUCCGUCUCAUCUUCGCCCAUGCGUGCAGGCCCCGGACCGUCCGCCUCUCCCUCUUCUAUCUCGCUUAUGGUCCCGCCCACAGACGCCCCGCGGUCCCUCCCAAAGUGCUAACCGAGCUAGCUGUGUGUCUUUGGCAUAGUGUUUUCAUGGUCACGGGCUUUCUUCGUCAAUGUCAGUCGGUAAAGCAGUGGUUGGCAUUUCAUUCAACGAGGGACAAGGCGAACAUCGCAGCUUUUAAAAGUGACGUGGAAGCUCCACAAUGGUGAAAAUAUUCAUUGGGAACUUGUCGCCAGACACCACAUCAGAUGAACUUCGCUCUCUUUUCUCCCAAUAUGGCAAGAUCGGGGAGUGCACUAUUGUCAAGAAUUUUGGCUUUGUGCACAUGGACGACAAAGCAGAGGCAGAGGAAGCCAUCAGCAACCUCCACCAUUAUGAGCUAAAUGGCAUGCCAAUGAAUGUAGAAAUGAGCCGCAGCAAGUCGAAAGGGUCCACCAAACUCCACGUCGGCAACAUUGCCUGCACCAACCAGGAGCUGAGGGCCAAGUUUGAAGAGUUUGGCGCUGUGGCAGAGUGUGACAUAGUAAAAAACUAUGCUUUUGUUCACAUGGAUCGUAUGGAGGAUGCCGUGGAGGCCAUUAAUCAGUUAGACAACACAGCUUUUAAAGGCAAACUGAUGAGCGUGAAGCUUUCGACUAGCCGCCUGCGUACUGCGCCGGGAAUGGGAGACCGAUCGGGUUGUUAUCGUUGCGGGCAGGAAGGCCACUGGUCCAAAGAGUGUCCCCUAGACCAAAAUGGCUUCCACAGAAAUGGCUCAGAGCCAAAGUCUGAUGGAUUCGAUGACUCGAGAUUUGGCGAGCAUGCUCGCAACAGGGGUUAUCAACCGGACUUCAGUGGCGACCCAGAUUAUGGUGCCGGCUUUGCACCUCCACAUGGUUUUUCCCGGGGUGCCGGUCACGGCGGCAGCAUCCCGGGGUUCGGACGGGGUUCGGGCUACGAGAAUGCAAUGAGAUUCGGGCCGCACCCCGGUUACGGCUUAAGCGGUGUUGCUGACCAUAGCAUGGCUCGGAUGUACGGCAGCGAGGCGGCAUACAGGGGCAACGGCUCGCUCUAUGGCGCGGUACCAGCCUACCCGAUGCGACGGUCGCCUUACGAGGAACGGGAUCCGUACGGUGUCGUGGACUACUACGAGAAGUACAGGGCCAAUGCUUUCGGAGGCAGUUAUUUUGAGGAACCCCGCGCCGCCCCCUUGCCUGCUCCAUCAACAUCAUCCUCCACACCUUUAAUGAGGGAUCGUCUGCCCCCCUCUAGCGUCGAUGCAUACGAGUGCCCCCCCCACCCUCCUCCAACAGCCCCAGUCUCUUCAUACUACGCACGUGAUCGAAGUCCGAUUCGGAGAGUCCCCGUCGAGGCAGAUGGAUUCACAUAUGACCGUUCGCGCCUUUCCCCUGUGCCCGCCGUUCCAAGGAGCUCUACCUUUGACCAUGCGGCUGCUGAUCGUACACGAUUUACUUACUAAUCCCUGUCCCACAAUGCCAGGUGGGGGCUGCCUGUACUUUUAAUUGAUAGGAUAGCUGAAGGGCCAUUGGAUCCACAGAAAAAGAAAACCGUCCACAUGACAUCUCAGUGGUACAAUCAUAAGCAAAAUUCUGUAUGUGAGGAGUAGUUAUUAAGAAUGAGGCUCAAUGCAGCUUACCAACCGUAAUGGCAUAUGAGUAGGUUUCAUGAAUACGUUACAAAGGCUAUGAGCUAAUACAUUAAAAUACACAACUGAUACUAAGUUGACCACUAGUCAUUAUCCUAUUCACUAGUUGUGGUAUUGCUGCAUUGCAAAUACUGGGGUUCAUCUACAGCCUGGCUGACAUCUAUUGAUGAGAAGGAAUCUGGAAAAAGUUUAAUGUUUAUAUACUUUUUAGUUCAAAUAGAAACAAAUGAAUAGUGCAUGGUUGCAUGUUUUAUAGGAUAGUCAUUAUUAGUUGGAUUUAACUAAUACUUUUUUCAGCAGCAUUUAACAUUUUGCUAUGUGUUUGUUUUGUGUAAGUUACCAUUGUUACCCCAUACGUAACGGAGCAGCGACAGAUGGAGUACUGUAUGCGUCACGUACAUUUUUUUUUUAAUCUGUGGGCUUAAAUGUCACAACUGUACCUAAUUACGGACCUUCAUAGUUAAACAGUGAAACCUUAGUAUUAGUUACAUCAAACCUUUUGUGAAAUUAAGUACUUUUUAUCAAAUGGAAUUGUAAACUUUUUUUUUUGUAAA